AAACAUUGCCGGAUUUCUUCUUCUUCUCAAGAUUCGUGGUGGGAAGCAUAGAACCCCACCCUUAAUUCGAGGAGACGGCCAAGAUUCUUCUCAAGUUCUUUUGUGGUCCGGACUCGUCUCGGGCGUACUCCCUUUCUUCCAGUCGCGCUCCUCCCCACAGCCGCACGGCGAAAACCCUAGCGAGCAAGCCACCGGAACAGCGGCGCUUGGGCGGCGUGAGCCAUGGCGGACGACGAUUACAAUGAAAUCGACAUGGGGUACGAGGAUGAGCCCCCAGAACCUGAGAUUGAGGAAGGGGCUGAAGAAGAGCUUGAGAACAACAAUGAGGAUACCCCUGAUGACGUUGUAGGUGCAGAGGGCGAAGAAAAGGAACAGGAAAAGACCCAGAGGCCACGCAAAACGUCAAAAUAUAUGACAAAGUAUGAGCGGGCACGCAUCCUGGGUACACGAGCUUUGCAGAUAAGUAUGAAUGCUCCAGUCAUGGUUGAGCUUGAGGGAGAAACUGAUCCUCUUGAGAUUGCCAUGAAAGAGCUGAGAGCGCGCAAGAUCCCCUUCACAAUCAGACGGUACUUACCUGAUGGAAGCUAUGAAGACUGGGGAGUCGAUGAGCUCAUUGUGGAGGACUCCUGGAAACGCCAGGUUGGUGGGGACUGAAGCUGCUAAGCUACUCAGCAUGAAGGGCAUUUUGUGGUGCAACUGGACUGUCCUGUAGUUAUAAUGGUCUGUGCGACUUCUUUAUAAGUGGAUGUCGUAGGGAAUGAAGUUAUGGUAUGUUACCUUAAUGUUGGGGGCCGCCUUGCACUCUGGAAUCGUAAUCCGCUAGCAUGGUUGCAUAUGAUUGUUUGGGUUAUUUCAGACAUGCAGUUGCAGCGCACUUUUGUGAAUACCUCGUUAAUUUCAACCUUCCCAAGCGCUGAUUCAUGAACUGA